AUGGAGGUCAAAUGUGGCUCACCUGGAAAUGGUACGAACACGGAGUUUAUUUCAAUCACCGAAGGAGACCCUGAGGAAGUAUACAAUUACACCUGCAGUCAUGGCUUCAGACUAGACCCUGAUAACCUGACGGUAGUUUGUCAACUGAACACUAAUGGAACUAUUGCUAGCUGGUCUCUAACACCACCUACUUGCUCAAAGGUCAAAUGUGGCUCACCUGGAAAUGGUACGAACACAGAGUCUAUUUCAAUCACCGAAGGAGACCCUGAGGAAGCAUACAAUUACACCUGCAGUCAUGGCUUCAGACUAGACCCUGAUAACCUGACGGUAGUUUGUCAACUGAACACUAAUGGAACUAUUGCUAGCUGGUCUCUAACACCACCUACUUGCUCAAAGGUCAAAUGUGGCUCACCUGGAAAUGGUACGAACACGGAGUCUAUUUCAAUCACCGAAGGAGACCCUGAGGAAGUAUACAAUUACACCUGCAGUCAUGGCUUCAGACUAGACCCUGAUAACCUGACGGUAGUUUGUCAACUGAACACUAAUGGAACUAUUGCUAGCUGGUCUCUAACACCACCUACUUGCUCAAAGGUCAAAUGUGGCUCACCUGGAAAUGGUACGAACACAGAGUCUAUUUCAAUCACCGAAGGAAACCCUGAGGAAUCAUACAAUUACACCUGCAGUCAUGGCUUCAGACUAGACCCUAAUAACCUGACGGUAGUUUGUCAACUGAACAGUAAUGGAACUAUUGCUAGCUGGUCUCUACCACCACCUACUUGCUCAACGACUGCAAAGAUCUUUGUGACAGAUGAAGACACCGAGUACAAGAUUUUUGUUGCAGAUCUUCAAGAUGACCUAGACUUCACUCACAUUCCAUCCACUAAACAACCACGUUCUAUUACCUAUGAUUCCGUGGAGAAGAAGAUCUACUGGGCUGACAAGGAAACAGAACGAGUUUAUCGUGCUGAUGUGGAUGGUGAAAACAGGGAGGAGGUCACUUCUGAAAGCAGUGAUGGUACAUACGGUCUAAUGUAG